GUUUCAUUGGUACUCAGUUCAUGCUGAGAUGAGAAGUGUAUUAUUUUGAAUGUGUGAACGUGUUUCAUUCAGUUGCAAACAUGAGCUGAAUCAUUUUAUCAGCAAUUCGGUGGAAAACCUUUACGGAACCAGAUUUGGUGGAGGAAUGCGUAGCUGGAGGUGGUACCUCUCCAGAGUCAUGCGUCUCUUCCUGCGUUGGUUCCGGCUCUGCCUUCGACGAGGACGCAGGAAGCGGACCAACAGAGUACGAGACCUGUGGAACUAUGGGACGGUGCUAAUGAAGUCCCUGUACUACAACGCCCUGACCAAUUCAGACACGGUCCUCGACUGUGUCUUUGAGCCCAUCUACUGGCUGGUGGACAACAUGACCCGCUGGUUUGGAGUGGUGUUUGUGUCUCUGGUGAUCACCUUGACCAGCUCCAUCGUGAUUAUCGUGUAUCUGUGUGUUCUGCCCAUCAUCUUCAGCACGUACCCGCUUCACUGGAUCCUCUGGCACCUCUGUUACGGCCACUGGAACCUCCUCAUGCUGGUCUUCCACUACUAUAAAGCCAUCACCACGUGUCCGGGUUUCCCACCACAGGAAAAGAGUGAUAUACCAACUGUUACUAUCUGUAAAAAAUGUAUAGUUCCCAAACCAGCUAGAACUCAUCACUGCAGUAUCUGCAACCGAUGUAUUUUGAAAAUGGACCACCACUGUCCCUGGUUGAAUAACUGCGUGGGUCAUUUCAACCACCGGUACUUCUUCAGUUUCUGCAUGUUCAUGACCAUGGGCUGCAUCUACUGCAGCAUCAGUGCCAAAGACAUGUUCCUGGACGCUUAUAACGCCAUCGAGAGCUCCUAUCAGACGCCGCCUCCUUCCUUCACCCGUGAGGAGAAAAUGCUGCACAAGAGCCUGGUUUAUCUGUGGGUGUUGACGAGUUCAGUGUCGGUGGCUCUGGGAAGCCUCACACUGUGGCACGCAGUGCUAAUCACCAGAGCAGAAACCAGUGUGGAGAGACACAUCAACAACCGAGAGAGAACACGACUCAAGCUGAGGGGCAAAAUUUUCCGUAAUCCAUACCACCAUGGAAUACUGAACAAUUGGAGAAGGUUUUUUGGUGUUGAGAAGCGGAGUGACUGGCUAACGCGAGUUCUGUUGCCCUCCGCUCAUCUUCCUCAUGAGGAUGGCCUGUUAUGGGACUGUCCUGCAUACAGGAACAACACUGUGGUCAUAUGAACAGAUCAGUCCAUAUCUCAGACUCUGACUGAAGGGGCUCUGCGUCACCUCUGACCUUUACCUUUAGAAAUCAAGGACUGCUGACCUUCAGGUCGUCUUUUCAUUUUUUAUGUGUUUAUGCUACAGCGUGAGAUCCUUGUGCCGAGUUCAAAGUAGUUCUUGGUGCCAAAGACUUAAUGUAAGUGGAUUUUGGUGACAUCUGUGGAAUAUUUAUAUUUUUUUAACUUCAAAGAUUCAAAUGGCGAUCAUGACGGGAAUCUUUGAGCUGUGUCCUUUAUGAAACUGUUUUUCACCAUGUGUUUGAAUGUCUAAACAUUUCCAAAGUGGUCCGUGCAUUUUGUUGAAUUGAAGUUAGUCAAACAUUUGCUUACAUUUCCCAAUGUUUUCGAAUUAACACCCUUUUACAUAUGAAAUGCGUGUGUAGUUUGCGAUGGGCUCCAGAAGUCUGAGACUACUGGGCGAAAAAAAUUUCACAUAAAUAUGUUUUAUUCUUUACGUUUCUCAUUAUAAAAUAUUUUCCGUAAUACAAUUAACAUGUACACUCAC